AUGACCCCGCCCAGGACUGCCUCACAGAACACGCGACCCCGCCCCGGCCAAUUGGUUGGGGGAGCCCGCCCCGGCCACGCCCCCGCACUCCAUUGGUUACGAACGCCCGCCCCGGCCACGCCCCCGCACUCCGUUGGUUACGAACGCCCGCCCCGGCCACGCCCCCGCGCUCCAUUGGCCGCCGGAGCUGCCCCUCGGGGCGUUGGGAGCGACCAAGGGUCAGUUCCCAUUGGGUCGCUCUUGUCGCAGGCGCGGGGAAGUGUUCUGGACAGGUCACCUCCUGCGCGGCCCCUGGCACCAGCCCCACACGGCCCCAGUGCUGCGCUGUCAUCUCCAUCCUGCACCCGCAUCUCCUUCCUCCGCUCCGACCGUCCCCCAGUGCGGCCACCACCCGAGCCUGCCGUGUCGCACUCAGGGCCUGUCUGGGUCACAGAAGGAGCCGGGCUCCUUCUGAAGCUGCGGCUGUUGCGGCUGCAGAAGCAGGGCUGGCCCUGGGAGCUCCCCGUGGCCAAGGCUGGCUCGGACCCCGGGAUCUCUCCAGCCCUGGAGGUCCCGGCCUCCAUCGCCUCCCGACAGGCCCAGAUGGCUCCGAGUGCCGAAGCCGAGGAGAGGCGGCUGCUGCCGCGCAUCGGGCGCAGGCCCCGCAGAGCCCCGGCACAGCCCGGCAGUGCCGUUUCCUAUGACAACGCCGUCAACAGCGCCAGGAGCAGGGCUGGGGUCCGGGGGCCCGGGCAGCGGUACUGGCACCGGCACCGAGAUCCGGACUCCGUGCACGAGGCACUGGCACCGGGCACGCCCGCGGGAGCACGGGGGCAUUGCUUCAAGAGAUGGCAAGGCAGGCAGCUGCACCCCUCCUCCCCGGAGUCCUCCUCCUCCUCUCCAUCCUCCCGGCUACUCAGCAAGGAGGGGUUCCUGGUGCUAUCCCGGGAGGGGGAGUCCCAGGAGGAGGCUUUUUCCCAGGUGCUGGAGUUGGAGGUUUGGGAGCAGGACUCGGGGCUGCAGGAAAACCUCCCAAACCAGGGGUCGGAGGACUUGGGGGGGUCGGAGGACUUGGGGGACUCGGCCCCCUUGGCCUGCAGCCAGGUGCUGCGGGUCUGUUCCCCGGAGCUGCCUUCCCAGGGGGGGCGUUCCCCGGAGCCGCCUCGGCCGCGGCGCUCAAGGCUGCUGCAAAAGCUGCCAGCCGCAGGUACACCCCUCUUCCCAACGCCCCCAGGUGCUGGCAUUGGAGGCGUGGGUGGAAUUGGUGGUCCUGGUGGCCUCGGGGUCUCCACAGGUGCCGUGGUACCGGGCGCGGUGCAGCCCGGCCUUGGCGCGGCAGGGAAACCCCCUAAAAUACCAGGUGCUGGGAUUCCUGGAGCUUUUCCAGGCGGCGUGCUCCCCGGCGCAGGUGUUCGCUUCCCUGGUGUGGGAGUGCUGCCUGGAGUCCCCACUGGAGCUGGAGUCAAGCCUAAAGCCCCAGGAGUUGGAGCCUUUGGAGGUAUCCCUGGACUGGGAGGUUUUGGAGGUCAGCAGCCCGGUGUCCCUCUGGGUUAUCCCAUCAAAGCUCCUAAGCUCCCAGGUGGCUAUGGACUGCCCUACACCAACGGCCUCAGGCCCGGUGGGAUAGGAGCCGGCCUCCUGGCAGGAAAGGCAGGAUACCCCACCGGGACAGGGGUCGGAGCACAGGCAGCAGCAGCGAAGGCAGCAGCAAAACUUGGAGCCGGUGUCUUGCCCGGCGUUGGCGGCAUCCCAGGAGUUGCACCGGGUGUUGGCAUCGGCGGUGUCCCAGGAGUUGGAGUCGGAGGACCGGCAGCAGCGGCAGCAGCGGCGAAGGCAGCGGCAAAGGCGGGAGCUUUUGGUCCAGGGGCAGUGCCCGGAGUCGGAGGCGUCCCUGGCUUGGUGCCCGGUGUCGGAGGUGUCCCGGGGGCGGUGCCCGGCGUCGGAGGUGUCCCCGGCGUGGCAGGGGUGCCGUCGGCAGCAGCAGCAGCAAAGGCAGCUAAGUACGGCGCCGGCGUUCCCGGUGUCGGUGUGGGUGGCGUCCCCGGCCUCGUGCCCGGAGUCGGAGGCGUCCCUGGCUUGGUACCUGGUGUCGGAGGCGUCCCGGGGGCGGUGCCCGGCGUCGGAGGUGUCCCCGGGGUGGCAGGGGUGCCGUCGGCAGCAGCAGCAGCAAAGGCAGCUAAGUACGGCGCCGGCGUUCCCGGUGUCGGUGUGGGUGGCGUCCCCGGCCUCGUGCCCGGAGUCGGAGGCGUCCCUGGCUUGGUACCCGGUGUCGGAGGCGUCCCGGGGGCGGUGCCCGGCGUCGGAGGUGUCCCCGGGGUGGCAGGGGUGCCGUCGGCAGCAGCAGCAGCAAAGGCAGCUAAGUACGGCGCCGGCGUUCCCGGUGUCGGUGUGGGUGGCGUCCCCGGCCUCGUGCCCGGAGUCGGAGGCGUCCCUGGCUUGGUACCCGGUGUCGGAGGCGUCCCGGGGGCGGUGCCCGGCGUCGGAGGUGUCCCCGGGGUGGCAGGGGUGCCGUCGGCAGCAGCAGCAGCAAAGGCAGCUAAGUACGGUGCCGGCGUUCCCGGUGUCGGUGUGGGUGGCGUUCCCGGCCUCGUGCCCGGAGUCGGAGGCGUCCCUGGCUUGGUACCCGGUGUCGGAGGUGUCCCGGGGGCGGUGCCCGGCGUCGGAGGUGUCCCCGGGGUGGCAGGGGUGCCGUCGGCAGCAGCAGCAGCAAAGGCAGCUAAGUACGGAGCUGGCGUUCCUGGCAUUGCUGGCGUUCCUGGCAUUCCUGGUGUUCCUGGAGUUCCCGGUGUCCCUGGUGUUCCCGGCGUUCCUGGUGUGCCUGGGGUUCCUGGAGCUGUGCCUGGUGUUGGAGUGGGUGGCCCGGCAGCAGCGGCCGCAGCCAAAGCUGCAGCGAAAGCAGCCGCAAUCGGAGCAGGACGCGUGCCCGGUGUUGGCGUUCCUGGAGUGGGCGUUCCUGGAGUGGGUGUUCCUGGAGUGGGUGUUCCUGGAGUGGGUGUGCCAGGUGUUGGCGUGCCCGGUCUGGUGCCUGGGGUCGGCAUUCCAGGAGGUCCAGCAGCUGCUGCCAAAGCAGCCGCCAAGGCCGCCAAGUACGGAGCUGGUGGCCUGGCUCCCGGCGUGGGUGGCCUAGCUCCCGGCGUGGGUGGCCUGGCUCCUGGCGUGGGUGGCCUGGUUCCUGGAGUAGGUGGGCUGGUUCCUGGUGUUGGAGGUGUCCCAGGUGUUGGAGGUCCAGCAGCAGCGGCCAAAGCAGCAGCCAAGGCAGCCAAAUUUGGUGCUGGGGUUGGAGGGGUGCCAGGGGUGGUGCCUGGCGUGGGCGGAGUGCCCGGAGUGACACCCGGUGUUGGUGGUGUGCCUGGCUUGGUGCCAGGGGUGGGAGUACCUGGAACUGGCAUCCUUCCCGGGGCAGGCAUCCCCCAAGUAGGGGUGCAGCCUGGUGCUAAACCUCCCAAAUUCGGUGUUCCUGGGGUUGGAGUCCCAGGGGUUGGUGGCCUCCCAGGUGGCCUUGGAGUCGGUGGGCUCGGAGUUGGUGGCCUCGGAGCUGCUGGGAAACCUCCCAAGCCAGGCGUUGGAGUUCCCGGCUUCGGCGUAUCACCGGUAUUUCCAGGUGGGGUCGGCGGCCUAGGAUUCGGUGGGAAGCCCCCCAAGCCCUACGGAGGAGCUCUGGGUGCCCUGGGCUUUAGAGGCGCGGGCUGCGCGGCAGGGAAGUACUGCGGGAGGAAGCGGAAGUAACGCUCCGUCACCGAUCACCUCAUGAACUUUGGUGCUACUGCAUGGUCCAGAAUGUAAAUCCGAAGCAAAGCUGAGACACCCUCUCCUCAAGCCCCGGACCUCCCCGUCCAUCCCGGGGCCGUGCCCGGCCCCGCGUUCCCCGGAGGGACCCCGCGUUCCCCGGCAGCGUCCGGCCCCCCCCGCCCCUCGGUCCCGGCAGGGAGCGCGGAAUAAACUGCGGGGAGCAGCCGUCCCCCUUGGUGCUAUCGCUCUCUGCGGGAUUUGGGGGGGACUGGGCUGUCGCGCCCCUGCCCAGCCCCAGAGCUGACCCGCGGGGGGGACACAGGAUGAGGGGCACCCCAUAUUGGAGGAAGGGAGGGAGAGGAGGGGAUGCCGGCGGCGGGGGCUGUGCGGGGAGGGAUGGCCCCAUCAGCCUGGCCCCCACCCCAGUCCCUGCGCUCCCCCCGGUUUGGGGGGGGCCGCGGGCAGGAGGGGCUCAGUCCCUUCACGUUGCUCACUUUGCUAUAACUGGGUGGGACGCCCUAUACAGAGGGACUCGCUUCUGACAGACUAAUAAAGGACAAGUUUUUAAAGGA